GUGUUAUGGCGUCGGAAGCCCAGUAGUGAAUCUAACGUCCAAUUAACGACCUGAAUAAAUAGAAAAUCAUUGCCCCAAUAACUCACCAAUUAACCCGACGUCUGCCGGCAGUCGGCAAGCCAAUUAAAUUCAUUAUAAUCAAGUACAAGCUCCAAGUGCUACCCACCGUUAGCUCAACCAAAACGUGUUCCUCAUGAGGUGCAAACGUGUAGCGUGGACCUGAAACGAUCUGGCCUUCGAACGAGUUCUAAAUACCAAUUACCCCGUACUACUCACCAAAAUUUGGUAUUUCACCAGUUAAGGACAAUCAUUACGCCUGUACCAUAUGCUCAGAAGUCUCCAGAAGGUCGGAACGAUUAAUGAAGUGAUACAAAGUUCCUAGGGCCAGAAUGGGAUCUGCAAGUGACUUUCACCCCACAACGACAACCUAACCUAAACAUGACUCUCUGACACUCGUCGAACAAGAGAUUUACAAUUUGUCAAUUGUAAAAAACAUUUCAUAUAUUUUUUAAGCUGAUUUCUGCGAAAUAACUGGGAAAAAUGUCGACCAAUGCACAAUUCGCAAGCCCACCACCGGUGAUUAAUCUGCCGAAUAUGUCGGUGCCACCGCCUACAACGCCGAAUCUGUCAGCACCACCACCGAAUUUAACCACCAUUAAUACCUCCGGGGGUUAUCAGCAUCGGUUUAAUAAUCAUCGAGAGGGACGGGGGUUCUUCAAACCCUUCAGGCCUUAUCAUGCUCCCAAGAUUAUUUCUGGAGGACAAGACGCCCUUCAAGAUGAAUUCGAUGGAAAGAGACUUAGGAAGUCUGUGAUGAGGAAGACUGUCGACUACAAUUCAGCUAUUAUCAAGAGUUUAGAGAAUCGAGUUUGGCAAAGAGACUACCGAGACAGACGUGCACUCCAGCCAGAUGUUAUGUACUACCCUGACCUCCUUCCACCACCUAGCUACGUCGACAACCCGAUAAACGCCGUCACAACUCGUUUUGUUAAAACAGCAACAAAUAAAAUGCGUUGUCCAAUUUUUUGCAUGGCGUGGACGCCCGAGGGUAGGAGAUUAGUAACUGGAGCCUCCAGUGGGGAGUUUACACUGUGGAAUGGACUGACUUUCAAUUUUGAAACGAUUCUUCAGGCUCACGACAGCCCAGUCAGAACAAUGGUAUGGUCACAUAACGAGAGCUGGAUGGUAACUGGUGAUCAUGCAGGUUACGUCAAAUACUGGCAGAGCAACAUGAACAACGUCAAGAUGUUUCAGGCCCACAAAGAAGCGAUUAGAGGACUCAGUUUCAGUCCAACCGAUCACAAAUUGGCGACCUGCAGUGAUGAUGGAACUGUUCGAAUUUGGGACUUUCUACGAUGUCACGAGGAAAGAAUUCUCAGGGGUCACGGAGCAGACGUCAAGUGCGUGCACUGGCAUCCGCAGAAGAGUCUAGUCAUCUCCGGGAGUAAAGACAAUCAGCAACCAGUAAAGCUCUGGGAUCCAAAGACUGGCCAGUCCCUGGCCACUCUGCACGCCCACAAGAGCACUGUGAUGGACGUCAAGUGGAACGAGAACGGUAACUGGUUAGUUACAGCCUCCAGGGAUCACCUCCUCAAGCUUUUUGACUUGAGGAAUCUGAGCCAGGAGGUACAGACCUUCAGAGGACACAAGAAGGAGGCUUCCAGCGUCGCUUGGCAUCCCAGCCAUGAGGGGCUCUUCUGCAGCGGUGGAAGCGAUGGAGCUAUUCUUUUCUGGCAUGUUGGAGCUGAUAAGGAAGUCGGGGCUAUCGAGCAAGCUCACGACAGCAUCGUGUGGACACUUGCGUGGCAUCCACUAGGUCACAUUCUCUGUUCAGGAAGCAACGAUCACACGUCCAAAUUCUGGACAAGAAACAGACCUGGAGAUUUGAUGAGAGACAAAUACAAUCUCAAUACUUUGCCAGCUGGUGCUUGUGGAAUUGAUGAUCACGAAAUAGCUGACGAAGCAGCUGUGAUACCUGGAAUGGGCCCAGAGGACAAAAUAAAUGCAGACGUUGAGCUGGAGGAAGAGAAUAAUACGACGGUCUCAGGCAUUCCUGGACUGGACCUAGAUCACGCAGUUGAUGAGAGUAAAAAACUUGCCAGCAAGAAGGUCCCAUACUCCAAACCAAUCCCCAGAAAUUUCCAAGCCCAGUGGAACGAAAUGGAAGCUGAGGAUCCAGAACAAGUGGAGGCUCUGAAUGCCAUCGUUAAUCAACUGAUCGAAACGACACCAGGAGCUGUCCCACUCAAUGAGGUCAUCCCAAAUGCCAUUAUUCUGUACGGAAAAAUGGUGCCCGUCGAAGCGGGUUCAAAACUAGCGGACGCAAUUCUUCAGGGUAAUGAUGCGAUAAACAAGCUGGUGACAGCCGGUGAAAUAGAAGAGUUAAAGGACGUUACGCUGACGGUCCCUGAGCCGAUCGAGGACCCCGAGGACUUUCUCCACGAUGAGGGUGAUAUCGACUUUUCCAAAGUCCCGGAUAUCGACCUCCCACCACCAUUGCCCUCAUCAAAGUUCGCGCAGAACCCGGAGCUUCUGAAGGCCCUAAACCGCGGGGGGAAACGCAAGUUUGAUCAGCUGAUCGGUUGGUCUGACAGUGAUAAGACCUCCCGCCUCCAUCAGCCGGUCUUUGGUGGCUCCAUGCUGGAGGACACCUCCAGCGACACCGACCUCCGCCACAUGAUGGGCCUCACGGGUGUUGACAUGGCGGCCUACCUCGCGCAGGACGAGGAUCUCAGGAGGCUGAACAGCCUCGACAGGAUGAACAACAUCGGCAACAUGAAUUCCAACAGCAUCAACAGGGACGAGGACCUGCGCUUCGGCGGUGGCUCCAGUGGCCCAGGAAGGCCUGAUUACGAGGGUAGAAAUUCUUUUGGAGAUCGAGACUUUAGGCCCAACGUGCCACCCCCCAACUUCAAGCCUGGGGUUGAUGGAGACAGCUAUGGAGAUGGUGAUAACAGGCCUCGACCUUGGGACAACGACAACGAUCGGGAUUUCGAGAAAAGGGAUUUGUUGCACUCUGGACUGGGGAACUCUCAGUUGGGCUCAUUGUCCCUGCAAAUGGGCCUGUCCUCAGGAGUCAAUCAUCUGAACGCCAAUCAUCACAAUAUGCAAAAUAUUUCGCCAAAUAUGCCCCCCACGAUGAAUCUUCCUGGCAAUUUGGGACUGAACCCUUCAAUUCAGGGGAAGAGUGGUGGACUUAUGAACAGUGGAAUGGCAGAUGGUCUGCCUCCUCACAUGAUGCACCUGCCUCCCAACUUUGGACCCAAUGGGCCCAGUGGACCAGGGCUGCCACCGAAUUUCAACCCCAAUUUGCGACCACCGAAUGGGAAUUUCCCUGGGUUCAGGCCCAUGGGGCCCUAUUCACAUAAUAAUUUUGGGAAUUUUCAGGGACCACCUGGAUUCAGGUGCCCCAAUCCCAAUAAUCCUCCUCCCAACUUCGAGAGGGGAGGAUUUGGACCCAAUUUCAGGGGACAGAUGGGCAGCGGUGGUGGCAACGGCGGUUUCAACUCUGGAUUUAAUAAUAAAAAUUUUGGUGGGAAUAGUGGGGGGAAAAGUGGGGGCAGAGGAAUGGGUCGGAGCAAUGACAAUAGCAGGAGCAAUUAUGGUGGCAGAGGGCGGGGAAGGGAUGGUGAGGGUUCAAGAGGGUCUAGGGGUAGGGAUAACUAUUGAGGGUAAUUGGUGAAUUUGUUGGUGAAUCAGUGGAGUGAAAAGUGAUGGUCGAUCAUAACCUGCGAAAUGUCUGGCCCAACGGGCUCCCGAUGAGAAGGUUUGCUGACAAUUUGGAACGAAACCCUUCGAGUUGGAGCUGAUACACAGCAGCAUGCCGGAGGAUCUUUUUCCCCACAUGAUGCACCAAUGGACCCAGUGCACCGGGAUUGCCACCGAUUUUCAAUCCCCAUUUGCAGCCGAAUGAACAUUUUCAAAAUCCCCCUAAAUUCAAGUGUCCCAGUCCAAAUAAUCCUCCACCCAAUUUUAAACAAGGGGCUUCCAGGCCUAAUUCCAGGAGACAUCGGUCAAGGUGAGGCCAGUAGGGCGUUCAACUCCAACAAUUCAGCUCUGGAUUUAAUAGAAAAAAUUUUGAGGGACGAGUGGAACUUGGGACUUGGCAGGGAAAUGAUCCAGAGCAACCACAAGAAGAAGAAUAAUUAUGUGGGAGAGAUGACACGAGAGGGUUCAGGGGGGGAUUCACUACUAAGAAUAACUGGUAAAUCACUGGAGGAGAAGUGAUGAUCGAUGAUGGCUUUUUCAUUCAUUUGAGGACUCGAAGUGAGCAAGAAUGUUAAUUAAAUUGGACAGGCACUUAGGUGUUUGUGAGGAAAUUGUAAUAUAAAUUGUAUGAUUACAACCGAUUUAUCAUUUUAUGAUUGUUUAAUUGUAAGUGAGAAUUCAUAAGUUUUCACGACGAUGCCUUGGAAAUGUGGAAAGUUCCAAGAAUGUUUUGUGAGUGUGCACUGAUGGAUGAAUGGAAAUUCAAUCAAUUAAGAUGUUUACUUAAUAAAAUCGAAAGUAUAUCAA